UUCCAUUGUUGCUCUUUGGAACAGUUUCGAUUGAUUGAUUGAUUGAUUGAUUGAUUGACGGGUGGUGACAAAAAAUCAGCAGACUGAAGCGGAUAGAAACAAAAAGCAAUGGUGCGACGGUGGCCGUGGAUUGCGGCCGACCUCGCAGCAGACGCAUCGCAGGACGACCUCCAUCAACACGAUCAGCCAAAGCAGCAGGAAACAGAGCAAGUCGAAGCGCAGUAUGAGCGCAAUGCCAGGACGUUCGCUCGCCGGGUUGCGUCGCAGCAGCGCCAACGGUGGCUCUACUAUGGCCGCCCGCUCGUCUUCCUCGGCCUCCUCCUCAUGUUCUGCCUCCUCACGCCAGACGCGCGCCUGGCGACCACAGAGCCCGCAUUCACACCCAGCAACGACGACGGCGGCGGCGUUGUGCUCCAGGGUCGCUCUGCAGCAGUGCACCAGCUGAUGGACCUUCUGCAGCCAAACCGCAGCAGCAACAACAACAACAACAACAGCAACAACCAGAAGCGCAAUGGUGCUGCUGCAGCGGAUCAACGCGAACUCGGACUCGAACUCGGACUCGAACUCGACGUUGAUGUCGGCGUUGGGCUCAAGAAGCAAGCCAGCAGGGACCCCAAUCGUAAAACCACCACGACCGCUCAUGAAUCAGAAUCUGAAUCUGAAUCUGAAUCUGAACUUCAAUCUCAAUCUCAAUCUGCCGCUCUGCACCGCAAACUGCUGAGCGACGAUCUGGACUUUUACCCGUCGUCGGGCAUCUCAUACCAAGACCUCAAGAACGGCGGCGUCGUCUUGUACAUUAUCGGCGUGCUGUACAUGUUCUUUGCGCAAGCGAUUGUCUGCGACGAGUUUCUCGUCCCUUCGCUCGACCUGUUUGUCUCGACACUCAAUAUUCCAGACGACGUCGCGGGCGCCUCCAUCCUCGCUGCUGGCCAAGGCGCUCCGGAGCUCUUCACCUCCAUCAUUGGCAUUUUUAUUGCUAAAAGCGAUAUUGGCUUUGGCACCGUGCUCGGGUCCUCAGCCUACAAGGCCGUCAUGAUUAUCGGCAUUGUUGCCUUCGCUACCCGCAAAAUUCUUCGUGUCCGCCGAUGGCCUGUCCUCCGCGAUAGUAUUUUUUACGCCGGCGCUCUCGCCCUGCUAUUCAUCUUCUUUCGCGACAAGCGUGUGCAGUGGUGGGAGGCAGUCGUGCUCGUGUCGAGCUUUAUUGUCUACGUCCUUUUCAUGGCCUUCAACCGAAAUUUGGAACGCGCGUACCGUGCCAUCAUUCGUGCUCGCCAGCGUGCGAUGCGUAAGCGCAACUCGCAGAGAUUGACGGCGGAAGGUGCGGGAGGGGUGUCAGGCAGUGGCCGCUCGCCGCGAGCACGUCGCUCCAAUGUCAUGGAGAGCUCGGCGUCGACCAGCUCCCAAGCCGCCAGCCCUUCUGUACCGCCGCCGAUUGCGCCAGAGCCCAGUCUGCUGACCGUGCCUGGGUCCGUAGCAGCAGCCCCUUUGUCGCCCUCGCAAAGCUCAACCACUGCCGUUGCCAUCGAGGUCGUGCCCGACGACCCGGAAGAGGCCGACUACUCGGACGGCUCGGUUGCGUCGGAUGCCAGUCUUGACUCGUUGGACGACUAUGACGGCGAGGAGCAAAACAGUACCGAGUCCCUCAACGAGUUUGAAAUGGACGACUAUUCACAACAAGAGUCGCAGCUCAACCAAGCGGCGCUGCGCCAAUUGGAUGGGUCGACACCCGCGAUUGACUCUUUCGUUGCGGCGGAUGGCACGCUGUCACCUGGACUGGCGGUGAGCCGUAGCAACCUCAGCAGCAAAGCCGGGUCGAUGGCGGGGAGCACACACAGCGUGAAUGCGGUCGCUCCCAGUGCCAGCAACCAGCGGCGAAAGCGCAGAAUGCCACGGCUGCGAGACCUGGGCGAGAGUCUACACUUGCUCGGAGGAGUUCGAGGCACGCACGACCCCAAUUUCCGCGUGUCCGCCUUGCGCAUUAUGCUUCAUGGUCUUCCGUCUCCCGUCCAGUACGUCCACGACAAGCUCACCCAUCGCCACCACAGCCAUGAUAAGGAGCAACAACAACAGCAACACCAGUUGCAGUCGUCUCAGGCUGAUGCAACGGGACCAGGUGCGGCAAAUCCGCCUGAGGGCUCCGCUACCUCGACGUUGCCAAAGCGCAGCUCCACGCUGCCCAUGCAACAAUCCCCGCCCACCCCUCGUAGUGGCACACUGCCCGCAUCGAGCAGCACAUCUGCAUCGCGCCAGGCUUCUGUGAAGCGUCGAACAAGUGGCCGCACGUCCACUGGAGCAGGCUACUUGCAAGCCGAUCCCCAAGCCAUCCCCGCCUUGGCGGACGACACGAUCGCCAUCACCACAGCCGCCAGUGCAGCUGAAGCGGAGAGUGUGCCUGUUCCACUCGAACUCGUCAAGGUGCGCGACGACUCUGGUCAGGUGGUGAAAGUGGUUUUGCCCAAGGCCGCUCGACCGCUGUACCUGCGCUUCCCCGAGACUUUCUUGGCCCGGAUUGCCUUCGUCUUUGUCUUUCCCAUCACGUUUCUACUCUGCUGGACGAUUCCUGAUUGUCGACUGCCUCGAUUCAAACGCCUGUUUGUUGUCACCUUUUUCAUCAGCAUUCUUUGGAUUGCUGGCUUUACCUACCUCGUGGUUUGGUGGACUACAGUCAUCGGCAAUGUCCUCGGCAUUCCGUCUGCCGUCCUAGGCCUGACGUUCCUGGGAAUCAGCUCAAACAUGACCGACACGCUGUCUGCCAUCAUUGUUGCGCGACAUGGGCUCGGCAACAUGGCCUUGUCCUCCUGCAUUGGCGGUAGUGUCUUCAACCUGCUUGUUGGCUUGCCGCUGCCGUGGCUCAUUUGGACGCUCGUCAACGAUGAAGAUGUCACGUUGAAGGACGUUUCUCUGAAUUUCACGCUCUUCAUUCAGCUCGCAAUGUUGGCUGGCGUGUUGUUAAGCCUGCUCCUGUUCCGAUGGCAGCUCAGCAAACCACUCGGCGUCAUGCUGGUGCUGCUCUAUUCCGGAUUCCUCGUCUUGAGCAUUCUGCUCCAGUAUAACAAGUUUUCUGCACCCUUUUAAGCCGAUGGUCUGAUUGCUUGUUGUUGUUGUUGUUGCUGUUGUUGUUCUUGUUGUUGUUGUUGCUGUUCUUGUUGUUGCUGUUGUUGUUGUUGUUGUUGCUGUCGCUGAUUGCUUGUCUUGUGGUUGCUGCCCAAUUUUUUUUUCUUGGCUGUAGCAAAUCGACAUUUACCCUCCAUUCACUCAAAAAGCAUCAGAGUCGUCGGGAACCUUUUCAUUGCUUGGUCG